CGCAAGAUUACACCUUGACGAUGGGAUUGGAGUCGUUCGACCUCGAUGCCUUCGCGGCCAAGUAUGCAGGCGAGAACCGCGUCCGUCAUCUAAUGUAUAUCGUGGAAUACGGAAUCAACCCUCAACAUGUCUUCGAAAACCAUGACAAUCGAGAAUUGGUGGUGCAAUUGGCCAAGGACGCGCUGCGUCUGCUCUUGUCGGACGUGGAAGCGUCCAAAACGACAACCGUGAACACGACGCUGUACCGCGAUCUGACGACUAAAUUCAAGGAGUACCUGCCGUUGGAUUAUCACCCUGACGUUACGUUUGUGGACACCGCCACACGUGCGAAUGCGGCCCGCCACGAACGACUGGAGCAAGAACUCAACUCGUACAAGUCCAGCAUGAUCAAGGAGAGCAUUCGGAUUGGGUACAACGACCUCGGCGAGUUUUACUACCGCACGGGAGACCUCGCGAACGCACUGCGCAGUUUUAUCCAAGCCCGGGACUAUUGCACGACAGAGAAGCACAUGGUCGACAUGUGCUUCAAUGUCAUCAAGGCGUCCAUCCACUUGAAGAACUACACCAACGUCAACAACUACCUGGUCAAGCUGGAGCAAUCGAUCGCAGCGCCUUCUUCGGCGGCGGCAGACUCGGACCCCACCGUGCCAUCGCAAGCCGCCGCGACGUCGGGCCUGGUGCAUUUUGUGACUAAAAAGUACCACGCGGCCGCGUUGAAGUUUGUCGAGUGCCACGUUGACAUUGGCGACAAGUACAAGGACGUGAUCCAUGCCGAGGAUAUUGCGCUCAUCGGGGGGCUGUGUGCCGUCGCGACAUUUUCCCGCGCCGAACUCAAGGACCGCGUGAUGCAGAACCCGUCGUUCAAGGCGUUCCUGGAGCUCGUGCCCCGCGUGCGCGAGCUCAUCGCGGCGUUCUACGCGGGCCACUACGCCACGAGUUUGCACAUCUUGGCCGAUGUGACGCAAGAGCUGGCGCUGGAUGUGAUUGUGGCGCCGCACGUUCUCGACCUGAUCAACGAGAUCCGCCAUCGCGCGAUCGCCCAGUACUUUAACCCGUACCUGUCGGUGGACUUGAAGGUCAUGGCGGUCGCAUUCAAUACGUCUGUGGCGGCAAUGGAGGCGGAGCUGACCGAGUUGAUCGUGGCCAACAAGUUGCAAGCGCGAAUCGAUAGCCACCACGAGGUGCUGCAUGCAUUCCAACCCGACCACCGCGCGGCGACGUUUCAGAAGGCGGUCGACAUGGGGCGGCAGUACGCGGCCGACACGAAGGCGUUGGUGCUGCGCAUGAGUCUGGUCAAGCACAACAUUGUCGUGGUGAAUCCCACGUCGGCUAACGACCGGCACAGUCGCCAUUACCACCACCAUCCACCUCACCAAGACGACUAAGGAGGCUGCAUAUGUAGAGUAUACUGCAUGCAUCAUAUGAUCAUAUUGUCAAUUCGAAUUUGGAGUAAUCGAAUGAGCAGAAUCACCAAAUCG